CAUCAAAGUUUGACGGCACGAAUGUAAAAAAUCAGAGACAAGUGCACGAGAGCGGGGAGGAAAUAAGGCUUUUUUAUUUGGCGAACGUGCCGUCGGACACGAUGAGGUGUAAUAAGCCGUGGACGGAGUAAUCGUAAUAAUAAUAAUCUCGAUGAUCGCGGCGAUAAGAAGCGACGGUCGGUCGGUCGGUCGGCCAGGGGAUGAAACGAACGAACGCGAUGAGGUGCGUGUGUCACCCGCGGGGAGAGAGAGGGUGGGUGGCGGGAGGGGCGCCCCAAUUGGCGGACGGGGCGCCUCCCCCGCCGCCAGGCCACGCCCCCUUCCUCGGGCUGCCUUCAAAGCGGCGGCUGCCGACUUGGCUUUACUCUCGUUAUUGAAUUAAGCCUGAUCAUUUGAUUUUCUCCUCUGUUACGAGUUGAAAGUUUGAGCCGAGAGCUGCUGCUGCUCGCCGCCCGCCGCCGCCGCCGCCGAUAUUAUUAUCCGGUAAUCGCGCCAUAAUUUAAUAUCCUCUCGGCAGCGAGGGCGAAAUCCAAUUACCCGGCCGCACGGCACCGCUCCGCAGCUAAUAAGUAGCGGCGUACACGCGUCUUUAAUCAUGGAUUACUCGUACCUCAACCAGGGCUUCGAGGCGGCGGCCAACUCGGCCGCCAGUUGCUCGCUCGCCAGCAUGGAGGCGGCCGGCAUGGCCUGCUCAUACCCGGACCUCGCCUCCUGCGGCCAAAUGGGCCAGGCGUACCGCUACUCAGCGGCCAUGAGCAGGUACAACCACCCCAGCCCGGGCCAGUGCGCCGUCAUGGCCCGUGGCGGGCCGCAGGAGCACCACCGGGCGGCCGCCGCCGCCGCGGCCAUGUUCCCGGCCUCCAUGAACCUGCAAUCCGGCCUGCCCUACAAAGUGUACCCCGGGCACGAGGGCGUUUUGACUGAGAAGCGGAAGCAACGGCGGAUCAGGACGACGUUCACCUCUGCCCAGCUGAAGGAGCUGGAGCGCGCCUUCCAGGAGACCCACUACCCUGACAUUUACACCAGGGAGGAGAUCGCCAUGAAAAUCGAUUUGACUGAGGCCAGAGUUCAGGUGUGGUUCCAAAACCGACGGGCCAAGUUCCGCAAGCAGGAGCGGCUGGCGCAGCAGAAGGCGAACCAAGGCUCGUCGGGCACAAACGGCGGCGCCUCGACGCCCGGCAGCGACGUCGGCGGGCCGCAGAGCCAGAGUUCGACGCCGGGCGUCAAAAGCGAGCCCAAGUCGCAGGGCAAGGACGGCUCAAAGUCGAGUGGCGGCAUGAACAACCAGUCCCUCGACAUCAAACCAAUCAAUAACGGAUCAGGUGAGCUAGUGCACAAACUGGACGAAGUGAGCAACAACAACAACAAGUGGUCUCCGUCGGGGGUGGUCGGGGGCGGCUCUUGCGGUGGCAAACUGGGGAAUGUGGGGUCGGGCGGGUCGGUGGGCCAGGGCCAGCAGCAGAACCACCUGCUGGGGCCGUUCUCGUCGCUGCUGGGCUCGUCGGGCCCGGCUGCCGCGGCCGCCUUCGUCCUCGAGCACCACCACUCGGCGCCACACCACUCGCAGCUGCACCACAAACAGCCGCCCGCGCAGGCGCCGCACCUCUUCUGAGACUCGACCCUGCUGGCCGAGGCCCUGCUCCUCGAACUGCCGGCCACCUGAGUGCGAAGAAGAAAAGGCAGCCGCUUGUUCUCAUCUCGCACCUGUACAGUGUGUAGGAAAUGGCGAGCAGAACGCCGCUUUUCUCGCCUCUUUCCCUCUCCGGUUUUAGUCCGCCAACUAGUCGCACUCGGCCUGGUGGCGCCACUGCUUGGACUUACACGUGUGAAACUGCCCUGUCUCAAAGGCUUUGUAAAGAAAAGGACUUGACGACCUAUUCAAAAAUUGAUAAUUCAAAGAAAUUCUUGGUUAUGGAAUCAUCAGAAUUUUAUUGGAUGGGGGCCUGGAAAAUUAUUUCUAUGAUCUAAUGAAUUAAUUUACUAUGCAUAUUAUAUCUUGUCAAAUUUUUCAUUGCAUCCAGACAGGCGCCCAAUUUCAUUAAGAUUAUAGCCAACCAAAAAACACUGAAAUUGCUCUAAUUCGGCCAUAAAGGUUUCAUUUGCAAGUCCUUUACACUUUAAAAGCGUUGCAAACAUUUCUGCAGAUAUUGUAUAGCUAAAGGAACCACGGAUAAAUAGUCUUUGUAAAUAAUUAAAACUAAAAAUUGCGUCCAAGCAGUGGGCCGCCGAGCGAACUCUCUGCAUUUCUAGUCAUUAUAUAAACAAACGCAGCGAAUUUUUGAUUUCCCAGCUGAAUGUGUAUGUACGUACAAAAUAAUCGUGUUAAUGGCUGACUUAUGAAUGUGUUUGUUAGGAAUAAAUGACUCGUGUAUGUAUACUCGAACAAAAAAUAUACACCACACUCCAACACGUGCACACGUCGCUCUUUUAUUUCCAGCUCACCCGUGCUCUGCUCUGCUGUUUCAUUUUUUCGCGGGUUGGCGUGUAUUUUUUUAUUAUUUAUUUACGGCCAUCGGGCUGCUGUGUGAUGUUUUUUAAUUAGUUUACAAUGCCCGAGUUAUUUCAGCCAGCCGGACAUAAUUGAGAAUACAUUUUCCCUGGCGCUCCCCUGCGCUGCAGCUUUUUUCCAGCGCAGCCCGCCAUUCCGCCCGCCGCCGCCGCUUUUCCAUGUCAUAAUUACACGCACGCACAUAUCAUUCCGGCGCCAUUUUUGCCUCUGUCUCGUAUAUUUUUUGCCAGCGCGGCCCUAAAUGAGAUUUGUGACAUGCGAGCCCGCGCGGCCACACACAACACACAGAGCUGACUGCUCAACUCGCAAUUAUCGUCUCUAAUUUUCAAAUGCACAGUUUUGCUGUUCAUCAACGCAGAAUAUCA